AUGAGUAGAAAUGAAGUUAUGAUCAAAUUAGUGAAGCCUGGUCUAGACGGCCUUAUCGAGCAUUCGCGUCCUGAACCGCGCACACCGGCUGAUCGAGCAACGAACGUACCGCGAUCGUCCCGCGCACAACAUCCGCGCCAUCCCGCCAAGUGCACGGCUGAGCUCACGUACCGAUCCGGAAAGCAUCGUCCCGCGGUCGAGCCGUUUCAGCCUCACCACCAUAAUCCGCGCACGACCGCGCAGCGCGAACCAGGAAGCACUGUCUUGCGGCCGCACUGCACACAUCACGUCCCGCGGCCGAUCCAUCCGUCCGACCAGGAAGGCUUCGUCCCCCGACCGGUCCAGAAGCUUCGGCCAAAUCAUCCAUCCGUCCGACCCCGUCGGCCAAACGCGAAAACUCUCGGCCACGAUCGUCCCGACCGUGUCGAUAGCCUGACCACGACCCGAUAG